CACAAUUUCGGUUUCUAAAAUUAUUUCUGGUCAAGGUAUUCAGAGCAGGAAAUUUUAAAAGUUAUUUUGGAGCUGCAAUUACUUCUCGAUGGCUCAGGUUUCAUCGACCUACAAGAUCCAGAUUCCAGGCUCAGACAGCAUAUCGUUCAAAGUUGAAAAGAGAGGGCUCUCUUAUCGUCUGCUACGUGCACUCCUAGUCUUUGUUGUGGUGGUCACUUUUAUUGGAAAUGUGAUAUUUAUUUUAGCUGCCUUGGCUGAAAUGAGAAGCCAUUCAUCUGAAGAAGACGUUAAUGUAAGGACAAGAGGUAAAGGUAGCCAGCCUGAGAUACCGGGAGCUGUAGAAAAUGAAGACCUCGUAAUUAAUCUAGAAGUUUGUUCAAGCAAGUCUAAUAUAUCAAUGAAAGUAAAUGGUAAAAAGGUUAGUGAUGUCGCACGUCUUAUCGGGAUUCACGUUGUGGUCCUGAACCAGGCCACCGGGGCUCAAAUGGCUUCGUCAUCCUUUGCAACUUUUACAGAUUCUAAAUAUUCCGACACUUUAGUUCAGUUUCUAAAUGACGUUACACCCGGGAGGAUUCUUUUGUUUGCUGUAAUGGAUGAAGCAUCGCGUGCACUGAAAAACAAUGCACGCAACCUCAUCAAGAGCUACGGCAGUUUGUACAUCAAUCUGCUUAAGUGGCGGGACAUGUGGGCGUUUGCAGUCCAAAAGAGAAAACAUGGCGGACGUGUCCUGGCUGAAGGCUACCAGAAAAACACCAACCCUUAUAAAUGGGCGAGUGACGUUACCAUAUCAACGUCAUUUCUUGCUAGUAAAUCCAUUGGGAACAACUGUAACUGGGAAGAAAAUGAGAGCAACAGAAGAAGGAAGGAAUUCUGUGAGAAAUACGAAGUUUAUCCUUUGAUUUGCAGAUGUGAAAACCCUGUAAGUCUGGAUUUUGAAAACCCGCCAUUCGCCGACGGAAGCAGAAGUCAACUUCCGAUAGCCAUAAUAGCAGGAAAUCGACCUCGUUACUUGUUUCGCAUGUUACAAGGCCUGCAGAAGGUGAUUGGUCUCGACGCCUCUAUGGUAUCUCUAUUCAUUGAUGGAUUUUUCGAGGAGCCUGCUUCGGUUGGGAAGUUGUUCAAUAUAAAAGUCUAUCAACACGAGUCAAUCGGCGCGAAAAAUGCUAGGAUUUCACAGCAUUAUAAGAAAAGUCUGACAACAUCAUUUGACAAUAAUCCAGCAGCACAGUUUCUGAUUAUCCUGGAAGAAGACUUGGACGCGUCGGUGGACAUCUUGAGCUUUUUCCAACAGCUUCUUCYUGUUCUGGAGAAAGACAAGAGUUUGUUUUGUAUAUCAGCAUGGAACGAUCAGGGAUAUAAACACACAGUAUACGACCCGUCAAUGACAUACCGAGUGGAGUAUAUGCCAGGACUUGGAUGGGUUCUGCCUAAGAAGAUCUACAAAGAAGAGCUUGAACCAAACUGGCCGACCCCAGAUAAGCUAUGGGACUGGGAUAUGUGGGUGCGAGGCAUGAUGCUAAAGCAACGAGAGUGUAUAAUACCUGACAUCUCACGAACGUAUCACUUUGGCGACAUUGGACUCAACGUCAACCCUUACUUCCAGAGUCUUUAUUUUAAACGUCGUUCAUUCAACGUCGCGCCUCCAAUGAAACUCAACCCUGAUGUAAUGUACAAAGAAGAGUACGAAAAGGAGAUACGAAGAUUCAUUAGGUCGGCAAGCGUGCUAGAUCACGGCAAAACACCUUGUUCACAUCCAGAUUCGUUUGUUCCUGACACCAGUAACAAAACUUAUGUUUUUUACAUGAAAAUGACAAUAUGGCAAGAUAAUAAAAAUUGGCUCAACGCAGCCACUUGCUUUAAAAUCUGGGAUCUGGACAUGCGCGGGUACCACAAAGGUUUAUUUCGUUUAUGGAUUAACGGGAAUCACGUGUUGAUGGUUGGCUGUCCUGAUUCACCGUACUGUGAUCUCAAGCCCAGUCAUGUAACUCCUGUUGAUAUCCUCAAGAGACAAGCUAAAACACCAGCCCCUCAAAAACGAUCUUAGCGGAUUAAUUAAAAUGAAGACCUGGCUUGAAUAGUAGACUGUGCAAGUCGGCAAGCAGGGAAGGUCUUUAUAGAAGUUUUUACGAGCAACAUCCUCGGUCGUGAAGCACAAAAUUGAAAACAAAAUACAGGUUAUGUGAUUUAUCUGAUGAAAAAAUGAACUGGACGGUAAAUGCAUGUCACAACUGAAGAUAACAGGACUGUUCUCGUAGUCAAGCCAUCUUGUUUCUAGUUUUAGUUACAAUAUUUGUGGUGCUGACUAUGUGGUACUUGUAGCCACCUCCAUCGAUUGGUUGAAGAACACAAAAGAUCUAGACAGAAACCAACCGUACAAAAUAAAAAAAUAUCUUAUUUUGAUGGCUUCAUGUAAAAUAAGUCAUCGGUAAAAUAUCUGAUUUUAGAAUCACUCAUUUAAAUAUUUGUUUUCCGCUAAAGCGUUUUCAACGCAAUGAUUGAAGCGAAAAACAUAAGAGAUUAGUUAAGAGAGCUCCCAGUUUGUUGAAAAGCUUUAUUGUAAUGACGUUUGAGUGUUGUAAAAGCAUUCUGAAACCUGGUUUGAAUCUUGAGCUAUUUUAUGAUACAUUGUUUUACACGAGAACCAGAUGUCCUGAAAGUUUCGAAUCUUAUUUUCCCUCCCAUCAUAUCACAGCAUGGUGACUAAUCCAUAUUCUCUGAUGGUUGAAUUGAAAAAAAGGGACUCCCCUUCUUAAUGAGGUAUGUAAAAGCUACAUUAAAAGCCAU